UGGUCCUGGGCCCUGUGACUACCACCAAGACUUGUACGAUGAUUUCGACUGGGUACAUGUCAGCGCUCAAGAGCCUCACUAUUUGCCACCUGAGAUGCCUCAAGGAUCGUAUAUGAUAGUGAUUUCCUCAGAUCAUGACCCUGGAGAAAAGACUAGACUUCAGCUUCCAACAAUGAAGGAAAAUGAUACUCACUGCAUCGAUUUCAGCUACCUUCUGUACAGCAAGAAUGGAGCAAACCCAGGCACUUUGAACAUCCUGGUUAGGGUGAACAAAGGGCCACUGGCUAAUCCCAUCUGGAACGUCACAGGCUCCACUGGCAAAGACUGGCUUCGAGCGGAGUUGGCUGUCAGCACUUUCUGGCCCAACGAGUAUCAGGUAAUAUUUGAAGCCGAAGUCUCAGAUGGGAGAAAGGGCUACAUUGCCAUUGAUGACAUCCAGGUCCUGAGUUACCCUUGUGAUAAAUCUCCACAUUUUUUGAGGUUGGGGGAUGUAGAGGUCAAUGCAGGGCAGAAUGCUACAUUUCAAUGCAUUGCUACAGGGAGAGAUGCAGUGAAUAACAAGUUAUGGCUCCAGAGAAGAAACGGGGAAGAUAUUCCAGUUGCUCAGACUAAAAAUAUCAAUCAUAGAAGAUUUGCUGCUACCUUUAAGUUACAAGAGGUGACAAAAACUGACCAGGAUUUAUAUCGCUGUGUAACUCAGUCAGAGAGAGGUUCUGGAGUGUCAAAUUUUGCUCAACUUAUUGUUCGAGAGCCACCUCGGCCAAUAGCACCCCCACAGCUGCUGGGCGUUGGGCCUACAUACUUGCUCAUUCAGUUGAAUGCCAACUCCAUCAUCGGGGACGGACCCAUUAUCCUGAAAGAAGUGGAAUACCGAAUGACGUCUGGGACUUGGACCGAAACCCACGCUGUCAAUGCACCAACAUACAAGCUCUGGCACCUGGACCCUGACACUGAAUAUGAGAUUCGAGUCCUGCUCACCAGACCAGGGGAAGGUGGGACUGGGCAGCCAGGACCACCGCUCAUCACCAGGACCAAAUGUGCUGAACCUAUGAGAACACCAAAAACACUGAAGAUUGCUGAGAUCCAGGCCAGGCACAUCGCAGUGGAUUGGGAAUCUCUGGGUUACAACAUCACUCGCUGCCAUACUUUCAAUGUCACUAUCUGCUACCACUACUUCUGUGGACACAAUGAGAGCAAAGCAGACUGCUUGGACAUGGACCCCAAAGCACCCCAGCACGUCGUGGAUCACUUGCCACCCUACACGAAUGUCAGCCUCAAAAUGAUCUUAACCAACCCAGAAGGGAGGAAGGAGAGCGAGGAGACCAUUAUCCAGACAGAUGAAGAUGUGCCAGGCCCUAUACCUGCCAAAUCAGUGAAAGGAACUCCUUUUGAAGAUAAGAUCUUCCUCAACUGGAAGGAACCUGUGGAUCCAAAUGGCAUCAUUACUCAGUAUGAGGUCAGCUAUAGCAGUAUACAGUCGUUUGAUCCUGCAGUUCCAGUUGCAGGACCUCCACAAACCGUGUCGAAGCUGUGGAACAGCACACACCACGUCUUCUCACAUUUGCACCCCGGUACUACUUACCAGUUCUUUAUACGUGCAAGCACUGUCAAAGGGUUUGGACCAGCAACUACAAUCAAUGUAACAACCAACAUCUCAGCUCCCACUUUACCGGACUAUGAAGGAGUCGAUGCAUCUCUCAACGAAACUGCUACUACAAUAACUGUACUCUUGAGACCAGCACAGGCCAAAGGUGCACCUAUCAGUGCCUACCAGAUUGUUGUUGAGGAGCUGCACCCGCACCGAACAAAGCGAGAAACAGGUGCAAUGGAGUGCUACCAAAUCCCUAUCACCUAUCAGACUGCUCUUAGCGGAGGGUCACCAUAUUACUUUGCUGCUCAGCUGCCUCCAGGAAACCUGCCGGAGCCAGCCCCUUUUACUGUGGGUGACAACAGGACUUACCAAGGUUUCUGGAACCCACCGUUGGCUCCUCGGAAAGGGUACAACAUCUAUUUCCAGGCCAUGAGCAGCGUUGAGAAGGAAACCAAAACUCAGUGUGUUCGAAUAGCUACAAAAGCAGCAACAGAAGAACCUGAAGUGAUUCCAGAUCCAGCUAAACAAACAGAUCGGGUGGUGAAAAUAGCAGGAAUAAGUGCUGGAAUUCUGGUAUUCAUCCUACUUCUCCUUGUUGUCAUAUUGAUAGUCAAAAAGAGCAAACUUGCAAAGAAGCGCAAGGAUGCCAUGGGAACAACCCGCCAGGAGAUGACCCACAUGGUGAAUGCAAUGGAUAGGAGUUACGCUGACCAGAGCACACUGCAUGCAGAGGAUCCCCUUUCAAUCACAUUUAUGGACUCACAUAACUUCAGCCCCAGAUUGCCCAAUGAUCCACUUGUGCCGACAGCUGUGUUAGUGCCUAUUACUGAUGAAAAUCACAGUGCGACAGCAGAGUCCAGCCGACUCCUGGAUGUCCCUCGUUACCUCUGCGAAGGCACAGAAUCCCCCUACCAGACUGGGCAGCUGCACCCUGCCAUCAGGGUGGCUGAUCUCCUGCAGCAUAUUAACCUAAUGAAGACCUCUGACAGCUAUGGAUUUAAAGAGGAGUAUGAGAGUUUCUUUGAGGGGCAGUCAGCUUCUUGGGAUGUCGCUAAGAAGGAUCAAAACAGAACAAAGAACCGCUAUGGAAACAUUAUAGCAUAUGACCACUCCAGGGUGAUUUUGCAACCUGUUGAAGAUGAUCCAUCUUCAGAUUACAUUAAUGCCAACUACAUAGAUAUUUGGCUGUACAGGGAUGGAUAUCAGAGACCAAGUCACUACAUUGCAACCCAAGGUCCAGUUCAUGAGACUGUAUAUGACUUUUGGAGAAUGAUUUGGCAGGAGCAAUCUGCUUGUGUUGUGAUGGUCACAAAUUUAGUGGAAGUUGGGAGAGUCAAGUGUUACAAGUACUGGCCUGAUGACACAGAAGUUUAUGGGGACUUCAAAGUGACCUGUGUAGAGAUGGAGCCCCUUGCGGAGUACGUCGUCAGGACAUUCACUUUGGGAAGGAGGGGCUACAAUGAAAUCCGUGAAGUUAAACAGUUUCAUUUCACUGGCUGGCCAGAUCAUGGAGUUCCUUACAAUGCCACAGGCCUGCUUUCCUUUAUACGGAGAGUCAAAUUAUCUAACCCUCCUAGUGCAGGGCCUAUUGUUGUCCAUUGCAGUGCUGGUGCUGGACGGACAGGUUGUUAUAUUGUGAUCGAUAUCAUGUUAGAUAUGGCAGAAAGAGAAGGUGUUGUGGAUAUCUACAAUUGUGUCAAAGCUUUACGGUCCCGUCGCAUCAACAUGGUACAGACUGAGGAGCAGUACAUCUUUAUUCAUGAUGCCAUUCUAGAAGCUUGUCUGUGUGGAGAAACUGCCAUUCCUGUCUGUGAAUUCAAAGCUGCUUAUUUUGAUAUGAUUAGAAUUGACUCUCAGACAAACUCUUCGCAUCUCAAAGAUGAGUUUCAGACCCUGAAUUCUGUGACCCCUCGCCUGCAAGCGGAGGACUGCAGCAUAGCCUGCUUGCCAAGGAACCAUGACAAGAACCGCUUCAUGGAUAUGCUGCCACCUGACAGAUGUCUGCCUUUCUUAAUUACUAUUGAUGGGGACAGCAGCAACUACAUCAAUGCAGCUCUUAUGGAUAGCUACAGGCAACCAGCAGCUUUUAUUGUCACACAACAUCCUUUACCAAACACUGUGAAAGAUUUCUGGAGAUUAGUGUAUGACUAUGGCUGUACUUCUCUUGUGAUGUUAAAUGAAGUCGACUUAGCACAGGGCUGCCCACAAUACUGGCCCGAGGAAGGGAUACUGCGGUACGGUCCCAUCCAAGUGGAAUGCAUGUCGUGUUCAAUGGACUGCGAUGUCAUAAACCGAAUUUUCAGGAUAUGCAACCUAACAAGACCACAGGAGGGCUAUCUGAUGGUGCAGCAAUUCCAGUAUUUGGGAUGGGCUUCUCACAGAGAUGUACCAGCUUCCAAGAGAUCCUUCUUGAAGUUAAUUCUGCAGGUCGAAAAAUGGCAAGAGGAAUGUGAAGAAGGGGAGGGCCGGACCAUCAUCCAUUGCCUAAAUGGUGGUGGCCGGAGCGGGAUGUUCUGUGCCAUUGGCAUUGUGGUUGAGAUGGUAAAAAGGCAGAAUGUGGUGGACGUUUUCCAUGCUGUGAAGACUUUGCGGAACAGCAAGCCCAACAUGGUAGAAACUCCGGAGCAAUAUCGCUUCUGCUACGAUGUGGCGCUGGAGUACCUGGAAUCCUCUUAGUUGGAAGGGAUAUGGCAAAGUUCACCAAAUACAUGAAUCUCAAUAAGCUGUUUUGACAACAGUUCUUGAUCCUGUGAAGAAAGAUUUUAGGGAAAGAGGGGGGUGGGAGGGAUUUUAAAUUUUAAAUGCAAAGUAUUUUUCUUAUGAAGUUGUGUAUCUUAAUAAAAGAACUCAAUCUGUUUCUAUGCUUGUAUACAGUAUCAACAUUUAGUGCCACAUAAAUACUAUUUAAUGAAAA